AUGAAAUUGAUCAUUUUGAGUCUCUGUAUUCUCCUGACCAACAUUUAUGCUACACAAGCCUUGCGGUGCAUGCAGGGGGGGAAGUUUACAGACGGAUCCAUAAGUUUGGUAUGGGGAAGGCACGAAAUCACCGAAUGCAACAUGGCUUCUACUGCCAUCUCAGCAAUAAAUUUGUUGCUGAUAAAACCAAGCACUGUUUCGUUUCCGUCAGACGAAUACAAGUGCUACCAUCUGCGCUACGAAGACGUGAAUAAAAUAGCGGGCAUCUUCAAGGGUUGUAUCUACAAGAAUCAGGACGUGUGCGAUGGCGUGUACAAGGGCGAUACUUUCACUGAGGUAUUCUGCAGUCAGUGUAAUGAGGACGAGUGCAAUUCGUCCAUUCGCUUUGCAUCGGACUGGAAGAUUCUGAGUUUAACCAUGUUCGCCAUCCUAACCUACCUCAUGCAGUAAGUUUAACAAAACGCUCUACGAGCAUCAUAUUAACCUCAAGCAAUUCGAAAACAUUCUUACAAUAUUAGAAGUGUAGAAUUUUAACGAACUAAACUAACUCAGAAAAACGAACAAGUGAUGCCAAUAUUUACAAAAAAACAGCGUAUCGCAAUAGUUACACAUCGAAGUUAUUUAAGUGACCUCAAGCCAGCUUCCAGAUAAGCCUUAUGUGAGAACGUUGCAUGAAUCUCUUAUCUCGAAUGUUUCACUCAGAGGCCU